GCCACGAAAGCACACACACGCGGGCACAGGUGCGCAUGCAGGGCAGUCUUACUUACAGACUUAAACCUCCUUCGAGAUGUUCAAUGGGACCCGCUUAAUUAAGAGGUUCGAGCUACGUAGAAGUUGUGUUCAGUUUAAUACUUUGACUUGCAAGUAUGAUGGUGAAUACCGCAUCUGGUUAGGGUUGUGAUAGUUUCUCUCCGCUGAUACGCACCGACAUAUCAGCUUUUGGUAGUGCUGUUAUUACCGAAUUUAAAAGAAGAUUAUAUAUUUCUCAUUUGAUUUUUACUUUGAUUUAUUUUCACAGUCACAUGACGCAAAGUGCAACUGCGAGACAGGGUUUUGCCGUGAGUGUGUGUCUGUGGAACCGCGUGCGCCCAUAGCUGCCAUUAGCGCUGUCAGACUGACAUCCACGGAGUCAUGAACGGCUCCUUCUUCGACCAAGCCCAGGGCGCACUAUUCAACAGGAGCCAAGUCCUCGCCGGUACUCUGGUGAACUGCUGCAACCGGACGGACGUGGCAACCAGUGACGGCGGCUCGCUGGCGCUACCUCCGGACGAGCGGAAACUCUUUAUCAGUCGCGUCGUACAGAUCGCGGUCCUGUGCGUACUGUCGCUCACCGUCAUUUUCGGCAUCUUUUUCCUCGGCUGCAACCUCAUGAUCAAAUCGGAGAGUAUGAUUAACUUUAUGGUGAAGGACCGGAGACCUUCCAAAGACAUAGAGGCCCCGGUGAUGAUAGGACUCAGCUAGUCUAUGGCGCCGGGAUGGAGAAUGGUGUGUAGCCGCGCGCCACGGACCUAUAGCCUCAACACGCUGUAUUUGGGGCGGCACGAUGAUAUGCAAUGCGUUUGAUUUCCUUGCAAAAUAUGUUUGCCAAUAUAGACUGCAAUUGCAGUCAAGCGCGGCCAAUUCCUCACAUCAAACGUUUAAGGAGAACCAGGAAUGCAUCGUUGUUUACGCAUAGGCUGUUGGAUAUUGUUUUGUUUUUGACUGUCAACUUGAAAAAAGUAAUGGACUCUUGUGAUAAAAAUGUUUACACGUUGUUACCUCAAAUUAUAUUCGCAAAAGUCGAUAUUGCCAUGAUUGUUUAACAACUUUACGCAUGCAUAUUGUAUGUUCCCCCCCCCCCCCCCCCAUUUCAGUUCUGACAGUAGGCUAUACAUUUUGGACGUGGGAAUUCUCUGAAAAAAUAUAUUUUUCUUGGUCCCGUUUCUUAUUAGCAUGUCUGGCAAAUACUCAAGGUGCUGGGAUCUUGCAUGUUUAACAAAUCCUAUCACUGCUUUAACGACUGUUCUCGUGUCCAGUUCAGCAUGCACGCGGCUUGGUCUGUAGCCUACAGUACAAAGUGGUAUUUGGACCUACUGUUUUUGUACUUUUUGAAUGCACCUGAUGCUGCAUGAUUUUUGUACCAAGAUGAAACUUGAAUGAAAAGUGCCGCAUGCUACGAAUAAACGUCACGUUCUCGUAUCUCUUCAUUGAUAUCUGUUGUACAUGUCACAGGCUACAUGUUGCAGUAGAUUAGAUGUAUUCAUGUAGGGCAUAGGCCUAUCGCACAAAGCAGCAU